UUCUAUAGCAAGAAAUCUUCAAUCCCACAUUCACAUUCAAACCAAAUUCAUCAUCAAACAAACCCAAACAUGAUUCAAAUCAUUUUCCUCCUUUCACUUUUCCUAUCCAUUUCCAAUGCUUCUGUUCAAGAUUUCUGUGUAGCAGAUAUCAAAGGCUCAGACACUCCUUCAGGCUACCCUUGCAAGCCAGCUUCAACAGUAACCUCAGAUGACUUUGCAUUUGAAGGCUUAAUUGCACCUGGAAACAUAACAAACAUUAUCAACGCCGCCGUUACACCUGCAUUUGUUGCUCAAUUUCCAGCUGUUAAUGGUCUUGGUCUCUCUGCAGCAAGGUUAGACCUUGGUCCUGCUGGUGUUAUCCCACUUCACACUCACCCUGGUGCCAGUGAACUUCUUGUUGUGACACAAGGUCACAUCACUGCUGGAUUUGUUUCAUCAGCUAACACUGUUUAUAUCAAGACAUUGAAGAAAGGUGAGCUUAUGGUUUUUCCACAAGGUUUGUUGCAUUUUCAAGCUACUGCUGGUAAGAGAAAUGCUGUUGCUUUUGCUGUUUUUAGUAGUGCUAGUCCUGGACUUCAGAUUCUUGAUUUUGCACUUUUUGCAAGUAACUUCUCUACUCCUUUGAUCACUAAGACCACUUUCCUUGAUCCUGUUCUUGUCAAGAAGCUUAAGAGUAUUCUUGGUGGCAGUGGUUAAGUAACUAUAUAUGUGUUCCGACCUCAAGUCACAUUUCCGAGGUAUCUUCUGGUUUGAGGUACUGUGUAAGUCCGCACGGUUUUGCUCUUUGUAAAAGGCAUCUGAGUGGACUAAGAAGUGUAGAUGUUUUUAUAAACUACCAUUGACCUUGAUUCUGAAGUAAUGUGGAAUUUUUUGGUGUACCGGAACAGUAUGCUUAUAUUUUAUGUUCAUUGAUAGUUGUUAUUUGAUUCAACCAAUUUUCUUAUUUUUUUUUUUUCUUUCUUUUUUUGAGUUCAUUAGUUCCUUGUAUGUAAUUGAAUUCCUUGUAUCAAUGUGAAGUAAUAAAUUUGUGAGUAUGGUUUUAUUUUUUCCA